CCAACAUGUCAUCAAAAGUGUAAAAUUUUAUGUCAUUACUUCAACAGUCCAGCACGUUUACAAAUUUUGUGGCUUAUUUAGUGUUUUGCUGCAAAAUACUACAAUCGUGGGCUUUCCAAAAUGUCCAAAACCGAAACUAAAGAGGUAACUCUUCGACAGCUUUAUACAGAGCUGAACAAGCAAGGCUCUAAUGGGGAAUACGAGAAGGCACUGAAAACGGCCAACAAAAUUCUGUCGUUGGAACCGAACGAACAGAAGGCCCUCCAGUGUAAGCUGGUCUGUCUCAUUCAGGUGUCUAAAUUCGAGGAGGUUCUCAAGUUUCUCGAUCGCACACAACCGGUGCACGAUUGUACCUUCGAAAGGGCCUACUGCCAGUACCGCUUGAAUCGACCAGAAGUUGCGUACAAAUCGAUCCAAGAUAGUGGUAUUAAACCUUUACCACCCAAUCUAAAGGAGCUUAUGGCGCAAAUUCUUUAUCGCUUGGAACGUUUCGAGGAAUGCUUCGAAUUAUACAAAGAUAUUAUUAAAAACACGCAUGAUGAUUAUGACGAUGAACGAACAACUAAUUUGAGUGCCGUAGUAGCUAACCUUUGUGUGGAAGGAACCGAAAAAGAGUUACCCAAUCUACGCGAGGACACUUACGAGCUAACGUACAACGCGGGGUGCGCUCUUGCUGGGAAACAACAGUUUCCGGAAGCGGAGAAAAAGCUACGCGCUAGUGAGAAACUCUGCCGUGAGUUUCUAGAGGAGGACGGAGCAACCGAGGAAGAUAUAAUGGAUGAGGCUGCCAUUAUUAAGGUUCAACUAGCUUACUGUCUGCAGAUGCAGGGUAAGUCUAAGGAAGCUUCCGCCAUUUACGCGGAUGCCUUGAAACAUAAGGUUAAUGAUCAUGCUCUCACGGCCGUUGCCAGCAACAACUUGGUGGUCAUAAAUAAGGAUCAAAAUGUGUUUGAUUCGAAAAAGAAAAUGAAAUUGGCCACUUCAGAGCAGGCGGAACAUAAGCUAACUAACAAGCAGAAGAAAAUUAUAGCAUUUAACAACUCACUGUUGGCGUAUUUUACUAACCAAUCGGAUUGUCAUAUGUUGGCUAGCCGACUGGGAAAUGCCUAUCCGGAUAUGGAGUUUCAGUCGUUAUUGAUUCGUGUCAGCCAACUGGCAAGGGAUAAAAAAUAUAAAGACGGUGUUGAAUUGUUAGAAAAUUAUUUGAAAAAGCAACCUAAACAGGAGUUGGAGGUGAAGUUUGCUACUCUUCAACUGCACUUGCUGGCCAACAAUAAAAAAGCAGCGAUAGAGCUUCUCGAAGGUCUUGGCGAGGCCAAAUAUUGCCCUGGCGUUGUAUCCGCCCUGGUUACAUUAUAUCUUGGUUUGGAUAAUAAAACUGCUGCUUCUAGUAUUUUAAAAAAUGCCGUUGAAUGGUACAAGAAAAACAAGUCCUCAGUCGGUGGAGAUUUAACGGAUAUGUGGCGCCAAGCUGCUAGCUUCCACCUACGUGGUGGCGAAGCUGAGACAGCUGCAAAAAGUUUGGAGGAACUUCUGAAAACGAAUCCGGCUGACAUGAAGAUCCUGGCCCAGCUCGUUAUCGCUUAUUCUCAGUUUGAUCCGAAGAAGGCACAAGAAGCUAGUAAAAAACUACCCGCCCUGGAUACCCUGACAACUACGUCCGAAAUUGAUGCACUGGAAGCUACCAACUGGAUGAUGAUCGCCAAAGCUGUUAAGAAGAAAAUACCCGCUUCCUCUUCUGGCAAGACGGAUCAAUCCCCGGGCACUCCCAGCAGCGAGGUGGCGAAGAAGAAAAAGAAAGCGGUCCGUAAGCGCAAGGGUAAACUGCCGAAGAACUAUGAUCCAAGUUCGGUUCCAGAUCCCGAACGCUGGCUGCCACGUUACGAGCGUACUGGCUACCGCAAGAAGCGCGAUCGUCGUGUGAAGGAAGUGAUGAAGGGAAGUCAAGGAACUGCCUAUGGACAAGCUGACCAAUAUGACAUGAGUAAGGCCUACAAUCAGACUAAACAGAGUCCGGCUACACCGGCAGCCCACGAGAAUACGCCCUCUGGCCCUGCUCCAAGACAGCUACCUCGGAAAAGCCAGCACAAAAAGAAGAAGGGUAAACACUAAGAAUGCAUCGAUAACCUAUUCAUUCGUUCCUUGAGGGCGGUUUUUAUAAUUAUAUAUUGUAUCAUCAACAUAA